UCGAGAAUUUAAUCAUAAAAUGAUUAUAAAUACAAUUCUACAGUUGUUUGUGUCAGUUCCGGGUAAAAGAAAAAAAAGUGGGCAAGUGGAUGUCGCUAUGCUAUACAAUGCCCAACCUACUGAAAGUGAAAUGGAACUAUUUGACGAGGUCCAAAUCGUGCUUACCGAGGCCUCUGACGUGCUUUCCGACCUCAAACAUUACUUGGGCGCUGACCAAUACAUACGAGCAGCGAUUAAUAACCCAAGUGCCGAACAAAAUGCAUUGACAUGGGAAGCGUUAAUGCCUCGAAUUCGCACUUUGAGACAAUUCUAUUUUUUCUCACAAAAAAUAUAGCGAUAUCGUAUGUUUGUUGGGCUAUCUAUCUACCAGAAUGCGGUAUACCGUCGUUUUGUGUACUACAUAACUAUAAUAAUUGAUACUAGUAGGUAUUGCUUCCUAUCUAACAAUAUUUUGUGUUUUAAUAAAACUGGGAUAUCCACAUUAAUAUGAUUAUCGUAUUAUCUGAAACCACUACACACAUUAUAUCUUUAUAUUUACCAGUGUUA